AAUCGCUAUCGCAACUAACAUACUAGAUCAAGAGGAAGCCCGUGACCCGCACGUUACGCAAGAAGACGACGAGCGCCGAUCCUUGCUUCUGUCCGCUGCUUUGCUGAAGUUGUCGUGCCCAGCCUCUGGCGUAGACUCACCUCCACAUCACGAUUACGAUUUUGUCGACCCAGACGUCGAACCAAGCGACAGCCGGUCAAUCGAGCUGAUUGCUCUUGCCGA